AUGGGGAAAUUAAAAAUAGAUGAAGCGACGCGAAUAAAGAUAUUCUACGAUUACUUUACGACCGUCAACAAAACAGGUGAAGCGAAAUCAGAGCGACCAAAAGAAGAUUUUCCAAAUGGAAAUUAUAAUGAAACAAAGAAUGAAAGUAAUUUCAACCGAACAGACUUGGGACGGGUGAUCAGUAAUACUACUCGAGCAUUUGCGAAUACCUCAUUAUCCAUUCCCGAUGUUACCCCUACUCCCGUUUCAACGAUCCCUCGUUUCACAGACGAUUUACCGACAACGGAUAACAAAAUAGUCUCGAUCCUUGGUCUAUUCGAGCUGACAGUUGGACAGGCGCCGAGGGCUGAAGGGGCGUCAGAGCUGGCCGCUGCAAAACUCGCUGUCAGCCAUGUAAACCGGCGCGAGAUUCUUCCCGGCUACAAGCUCCAGCUCAUUACGAACGACACUAAGUGCGAUCCUGGUGUCGGUGUGGACCGUUUCUUCCACGCCCUGUACACCGAGCGACAAUCCCGCAUGGUGAUGCUGCUGGGAACGGCGUGCUCCGAAGUCACCGAGAGCAUAGCGAAGGUCGUACCUUACUGGAAUAUCGUUCAGGUAUCGUUUGGUUCGACGUCGCCGGCGCUGAGCGAUCGGACGGAGUUCCCUCUGUUCUGCAGAACAGUGGCACCCGACUCUUCCCACAACCCCGCUAGGAUCGCCUUCAUAAGGCAACAUGGCUGGGAUACGGUGACGGCGUUUUCGCAAAACGAGGAGGUGUACUCGCUGGCCGUGAACGAGCUAGUCACUCAGCUGGAGGCAGCGAACAUCACCUGUGCGGCAUCCAUCACUUUCGCUGAAUCCGACUUCAAAGAACAACUGCAGCAGUUGAAGAAACUAGACAUCCGGAUAAUAAUCGGCAGUUUUUCUCAAGAGAUGGUCCCUAAGAUAUUCUGCGAGGCCUUCAGACUGGGCAUGUACGGCGGCGAGUACGCGUGGCUGGUGGCGGGUGCUCCGCCCCGCGUCCGCGGCGCAGCGCCCUGCGCCCGGGCGCAGCUGGCGCGUGCCUUGGAGGGCCUGGUGUCCGUCACGGCACACCGGGGCAUCGUGGGGGACGUCGUGUCGUUCUCCGGACUGACCAACGAAAUGUUCCACCGCGAAAUGGAAGGCGCGGGCUUCCCGAUCUCCCCAUUCGCCCCGCACACUUACGACGCCGUCUGGGCGAUGGCUCUGACCCUGAGCAAGGCGGAGCUGCUGUGGCGUUCGCAAGCGGAGAGCAACAUAACGAAAGCUUCCAACCUGGGCCUAGGUUUCUUCGACUACGACCGCAAGGACAUGGCGGAGGAGUUCCUCAAUCAGCUCGCAAACCUCAGUUUCCUUGGUGUCUCUGGUCCCGUGUCCUUCAGCGGAGCCGACAGGAUCGGGAUGUCGGCCUUCUAUCAAAUACAAGGCGGCCGACCAAAAACUGUGGCGCUGUACACGCAUGGGCGGGAGAUGACCUGUCUCGAGUGCUCGCGGCCGCGGUGGGCGGGGGGAAUUCCCGCCGCUCGGAGGGUGCUGGUGCUCAGGGUGGACUCCGUGUGGGCGCCCGCCAGGCUUGCGGUGGCCGCGCUGGCCGCCGCCGGGGUGGCCUUAGCGCUGGCCUUCCUCGCCUUCAACUUGCACUACAGCAAGCGCAGGUCGAUCAAGCUUUCGUCCCCUCGGCUGAACAACAUGACUUUGAUCGGAUGCGUGCUUGUGUACACGGCAGUUGCACUCCUCGGGGUGGAUAACGCCACCCUGCCGUCUUACGUCCCAUUCUCGGCAAUGUGCACUGGCAGAGUCUACAUAUUGUCAGCUGGUUUUUCCCUUGCCUUUGGAUCCAUGUUUGCGAAGACCUAUCGAGUGCAUCGAAUUUUUAUAAGUAACAGAAGCGGCGUCUGCAAGACCAAAUUAUUGCAGGACACUCCCCUCAUAUCACUAGUUUGUGCGCUCCUGGUCAUCGACGGGCUGAUAGUGACUCUUUGGGCGACCCUGGACCCAAUGGAGAGGCACCUGAAGAACCUCACCGUCGAGAUUAGUGCGACAGACCGCAGCGUGGUUUACCAGCCUCAGAUAGAAGUCUGCAAAUCACAAAACACUACCGGCUGGCUCUGCGUGCUCUACGCUUACAAAGGUCUGCUGCUCCUCGUCGGCGUGUACAUGGCGUGGGAGACGAGGCACGUCAAGAUAUCCGCUUUGAACGACUCCAAGUACAUCGGCAUCAGCGUUUACUCUGUUGUCAUAACCAGCACCAGCGUCGUGGUCAUCGGCACGAUCAUAUCGGAGAGGGCAACCCUGGCGUACAUCACCAUCACCAGCUUGAUACUAAUAGCGACGACGUCGACACUGUGCCUGCUAUUCUUACCGAAAAUAAUCGCUAUCAGGAGUAAUACUGAAGAUGAUCCCGUCAUACAAAGUAUGGGUCUGAGGCUCGAAUGUAAAACGAGAAGGUUCGUUACCGACGAAACCCAAGAGUUGCACUUCAGAAUCGAAAUUCAAAACAAAGUAUACAAAAGGGAAGUGGCAGCACUUGACAGAGAAAUUGGCAGAUUGGAAAAGUUGCUAGCAGAGCCCUUAGAAUCCACCACCAGUCCAAAUUCCUCCAUAACUCUACACAAAAGGACGGAUUUAAAUACAGUGGAAGAGGAAAGUAGAGGUAACGGUGAACUUGACAAAAGAACGCCUAGCAUCAGCGGCGGCCUGCCAAUGCUGCUGUUGUCUGUCUUACCCCCGGUCAUUCCUCGGGCGAGCUGGCCCUCCGCUGACGCGUACCGAGGCAGAAACUCGGUGAGCUUCAGCUCGCAGCCAAAACUAAACUAUAGGAAGUCCCAACCGACGAUAGACCUGUACAGCAUGUGCUUGAACAAGAGAGAGGAGAACCCCGGCCUCCUGAGUAGACUGAGAAACUUCUUCGGCAGCAGGCCGUCGAGCAGGAAAGCGUCCACAAUGUCCAUAGCCGACCCGACCGGUCAGAGCAUCGCAGCCGCGUUGAGGAUGCACGUCGGCAUGAUAGCGGGCUUAGUGCCGGGUAAUCGGAAGCAUUCGAUGGUCCUAUCGUGCAACACGCUCAACGUGCCGAACCCCGAGAUGAGACUGCGAAGGGAGUCGUACGCAAAAAGCGGCCCCAUCAUCAGGGUCAUCGACGACGAGCCCUCGUGCUCGAAACACCCCUCCGAUAAAAGCAUCUCAUCGGGCAACAAGUACGUUGCGGAGCCGGAGACGAGGGUCAACUUCGUGCUGCCAAGCGCCCACGAGAGGCCAAUGUCCCAUCAGAGCUCCUGUGAGAGGAUAAGGGGCUCGCCGAGGUUCCCCCACAGGAUAGCCCCGACCACGACCAGCCUGACGACGCUUCACGACAGGAGGAAAACCAGCGCGGACAGCGUCUUCAACAUAUCGGAUGGCGCGUUCGCGGAACACCGUCGGUUCAGCCAUCAGAGCGUUUGCAACCGGGAGUCCAAAAAUAAAGUCGCUUUAGAGAGCAGGUGGAAGUCCACGGAAGACGCGAGGCCUGGUCCAUCCAGCAAC